GCGCAGCCCCCUGCUCGGAGUGGCGACGUGCGUGUUUGAACGUCUUGUUUCGGACACGCGCUUGUUUCGCGAUGAUGCGAUGCAUGCUUUGCAAAUUCUGUAGACUGGUCACGACCGCGAGCGAAUGAUCUCCUGUCAUCCCUGGUUACGGAGCAAACGGACGAGUUUCAACUCGUGCGCACGUCCAUCAAUAUCCACUACUUGCACCAUCACUCAUGUGCUCUCGCAUAAGUAUAACACAUCGUCGGUGUCCCUGGGUAUUCUCCCAGGCUGUUUGAGCUUCUCCCUUCCAGCUUCGUUCGUUCUAUCUCUCCCCUUCUCGCCGGCUCGAGCUUUCAGUGCGCUGGCAACCACACGUCUUCCGUUGUACAAUGUCCCACACCUCCCCCGCGACCUUUCUCGUAUGGUCGAUUAUCUCGUGCAUCCUCUUCACGUUCUUGGUGUUCCAUCUCUGGUCCUUUGACCGCUUCAGGUGUCUGAAGUGGAAUAGUGGGCCGCAGACGGGAGCGUUCAAGAGGGUCAUGACGUACUCGUAUCUAUUGAGUAUACCGUUGGUGAUGACCUACUCCAUCGGGUUCGCUAUCAUCAAGUACAAGCACGGUUUCAUCGUGCACGACGGAGCCAUCAUCCCGAUGCCCUAUCGGCUGUGGACUGAAAGCGAACGCCGUGCUCUGUUCCCCCUGAUGCUCGCAUUCGCUAUCGGCUGGAGCAUGGAAAUGAUCACGCAUUUGGAAGAGCUUUGCUUCUGGCUGUUCCUCGUCAACUCGGGCUCUGUGCAGCAGGACUGGUUCAAAAGCUGGUACUUCCGCACCUGGAUUGUCGGCUCCUGCAUCGCUGUCACGUACAUGCCGCUGCUGACGAUUCUGACGCGCUCCGACCCCCUGAAGUGUGAAGCGUACAUAUUCUUGGGUGGCAGUCUUGGAAGUUUGUCCUUGACGCUCUGGUUCACGCCAGUCCUCUGGGCUUUCCCCGCCUUCCUGUCCAGUCUGAAAUCUGAAGGGGUCGAUGUGAACACCAUUGUCCGAUUGACCAAAUUCCACGAACUAAAUCUGAUUCGAGUCGUGUUCCGCUUUGUCUUCGUCAUCCCGCUCGUUAUAUUGGGAGCUGACGGCGUGAAAACUCACACCCAUAUCAACGAAAGCAUGCUUUGGACUGACUUCCUCGCCGUGAUUUCGGCGUUUGGCCUGGCUCUGUCCUCCGCCUUGACUUUAGUGAUCUUCUUCCCUCGGUCUGUGGAAGGAGAGAUCGCCGCCCGAGAUGCUGCGCGUGAGAGACGGCGCAACCGGUCAUAUGGGCACCCGACGAUCACAUCGACGAUAAACCUGGGCGACCAGCGUGCUUCGCAGUAUUCUUACGACUCGCGCUUCGAUGCUGCUCCCAGCAUGCUGUACCGGCAGCUGUCGCCGCAGAAAAGCCACGCCAGCUUGCAGGAAGUCCCAGCGCUUGCCUCGCCGUCUUCGAUCUACAAAGAAUUUGAGAUGGAAGAGCCCGCGCUGCGACCGAACAGACGCAGAGGCGAUGACGUCGAGCUCGGCUACGUCGCCAGCUCACAACAUUCAUUACACCGCAACGGCUCCCGAUUCAACCCGUUGGUGCACAACUUCACGUCACCUAUCGACGUCUACUCUGGCGAAAAGUCGCGUCUGACGUUCACGCAGCGAUGAACGCACAUGCACAUGCCAAAACACUGAUACCAGCUCGACCAAUUUUAUUCUCCGAUGCACUUUGAUCUCGCCGCUUUGAUUUGCUGCCUGUCCCUCUGCUGUAUAUAAUUUGCCCAAUUUACCUCGUUGAGGCCCCACACUCGUUUCAGGUACACCUCUAAAUUCUAUUAAUAAGCCGGUACUGGGCUACCGGCUUCAUGUACAAAAUUAAUUUGCCAUCAAUGAUAUGAUACAUCACGGUGGUUUCUCACCGGUUUGUGAAUCACAUGGCCUGCCACUGGGCCUACGGACACCUGGGAUGGGGAUCUAUCCAAGUAUACUUAUAGUGUGUAUGACAUGUUCUAGCGCUGGCCCUGGGUCCGACCAGGCUGGAUAUGACGGGAAUGUCAACCGGCCAUCACCAAUCCACGGGGUGUCGCAGACAAUACCGCGCAGUGGAGAUACGACCAGUAGCGAUCACCUAAAGACACAGAGUCUCAGCGAGUGUAAGACACAGGAGCUAUACAUUAGCUGUACCUAAAGACACAGAGUCUGUGGUACAAGUCAUAAGUAAGGGUCAUUAGAUCGUAAGGGAGAAUGCAUACCUCAG